AUGGAGCUCAUUGCGGCAGAGAACCAGGGCAGCUCAAAGAAACGUGCGCCCAAAGCUUGUCGACGCUGUCGUCGCCAGAAGAUCAGGUGCACCGGGUCCCGUCCAUGUGAAGCUUGUGCCAAGAGGAAGUUGACAUGCCAUUUCGAUGACCACGCGCAAAAGAUUCUGGUGACAAGAGGUUACAUCAACGACCUCGAGAAACGUGUGGCUUCGUUUGAGCAACAAAGCCGAGGGACCACCGCCGCCCCAGCUGCGCCAGACGAACAAGGAACUCCUGACGAGACAUUGGAACUAGAGGAGAACGACGGAACCGAGGACGACGAUCCCAAAAGCAGUAGCGCUGUUGAACAUAAUCAGAUCACUUUAGACCAACCAGACAUCUUAUAUGCUCAGUCACUACCCAGAUCACAAGACAACCCUCGAUCUCUUCGGAGUUCCCCAGGGGCAUCACUCAUGAAUCCCCUUGCGCUUGGGUUUCCCAGCUACUUUGCCGACACAAGUGGCAGACCCAUCUACUUAGGGACAUCGUCCAAUUGGUCCUUUGGGCGAAGAGUCCUUGCGAUGACCCACGAGAGAGUGAUGCGGGCACCUCUCCCUCCAGACAACUUGCUCUUCGAGGGCAAGUCCUACGAUCUCGGGUGGGAUGGAAAGAGAAACACUUCGCCCGAGUCCCCGUCCGAGGCUCCAGCCCUUCCGUCGGCAGAUUUCGCAAUGUACCUGAUCAAUGCGGUCAAGUUCCACUGCGGGCAACUCUUCCAUCUCUUUGAGGAAGACAAGUUUAUGCAACAAUUCUCUCAGUUUCAUGAAAACCCCAACCAACUCCCCUCCAGUCUCUGGUUUAUCCACUAUCUUCUGAUCCUCGCCUUUGGGAAGGCAUUUGUGGUGCAAAGCAACAAGGGUCGCAAACCUCCGGGGGCUGAGCUCUUCGUCCACGCGAUGAAGCUAAUGCCGGAUCUUGCAUUCUACAGUGCUGAUCCCAUCGAAGCGAUACAGGUUCACUGCUGUGCCGCUCUUUAUUUGCAAUGCCUCGAUUUCCGUGCAGCCGCAUACCGCAUAAUCGGUCAAGCCCUGCGCACGGCUUUGGAGAAUGGCAUGCAUACAGAAAUGCGGAGCCAACAAGUUGACAGUGACUUGGCACAAAGGCGUCGCAAAGUCUGGUGGACAGUCUAUGUCCUGGAUCGUCAAAUGUCAUCGCUCAUGGGUGUACCGAUGGGAAUCGCGGACGAAUCAAUAUCCGCAGAGUUGCCCACCUUCUCCGGGCAGCCUCAAAGAUCAACGGCAAUGAAUAUCCAGAUAAAUCUGUCCAGAGUUUUGGCACAAAUACUUAAUACUGUGUACGGAGCCGAAGGGCGGCUAGACAAACGCUUCCUGACCAUCACCAAAGACGCCCUGAAAAGUGUUGCGAAUGUUACCGACCAACUGAACGACUCUUUCGAGGUUCUGGGUAACAGCUCCAAGACCAGCAUCUCAAGGCUCUCGGCGUACCUGCACCUCCUGUAUCACCAGUGCAUUGUGCUUACGACGAGGCCGAUUCUAUAUACAUUUCUUGAAUCGAAGCUCCGGCAAUCCAGCAUAAAUCUGGUCGAGUUGCUUCAAUCGGGAAGCGUGCGGACUUUACUACAAAUGUGCAUUGAGUCGGCUCAACAGAUGAUCACUAUCCUCUCUGCUCUACAAGAUCACAGUCUCCUCGAAAGCUUCCUUCCGUUUGACCUUGACGCCGCAUUCACAUCAGCAAUAGCACUACUGAUGGCAGCAACCGUAGAUCCAUCUUUGCUCAAGGACUGCUCCCCCUGGUUACAGCGCGCACAUGCAGUUUUCGAUGAGAUGAUAUCUCGCGGCAACAGAGUCGCCAGGAUGAUCAAAUCCGAGCUUCAACAGCUGGAAAACAUCCUCAAUAGACUUUCCUCCAACGAGGAAAACCAACCUGUCAUCUUUACACGCCACCCAAGUCUUCGUGGUUCUCUGGGGUUUGAUGACCGCCACCCUCGCGCCUGUGCUACAGCUCAGCCAUCACUGGUAUCGAUCGCGCCACCACCCUACACUGCGUCCUCGCAGCCAAGCAGUAAUGACUUUCCCAUGGACGAAUUGACUUGGCAGGAUGGGAUCACGGCGGAGCAGCUUUUGAAUUUUGCAGAUUCGAUGGAUUUGACUGCUUUGGACUGGUUGUCCGCGGAGGCAGGACAAUAA